CUGGAAGAGAGGUUUGAUGACAUUACCCGUGUUUGGGUACCGUCUGUGUAUCUGUCUGGACACCCAGCUAUCUCGGGGGUAAUGGUCAGUGAGUCUGGCCUCCUGACCUAAUCGCCCAGAGAGAUCUGCAAAGGAAGUAGAUUUCAGGCUUUCGUGGCUGUGCUCUACGGUAAAAUAAUUCCGCAGGGUCAACUAAAUAUGGAUAAAGCAAACUCUGAGGUCGGCCCCAACACGCCCACGCCGAGUAUCACCAAGACGGCAGAUAAACACGUAAAACGUGCCCAGGCCUCCCAAAAUGUGCUGAACUUUUUAAUCAGUCGCCAGCUGGGGAGGCAGCGAAGUGAUUUUGAUCUGUCAAAAUGGCUGUGGAUGAUGACAUAAGCCAGACCAGGAUGGAGGUGGCCCUUGCCAGGAAGUCAUACAACUUACCUGCUCACGCCUACCCCCACAUUAGGGAAACCCCCCAAAGUGGUUUCGCAUAACAAACUCCUUCUAUUAAAAUAAAAGCUGUGU